AUGGGUCAGGAUCCUCCUCGGCGGCCUUCGCAACAAGGCUUCCAUAACACCUUUGGACAGGGUCGCAGUAUCAAGCGAGACUCGAUCCAAGGGGAUGGUCAACGAGCAUCAGGUGAUACUGCACCGAAUCUUAAGCGCAUUCGCACUGUCGAUCGUCCUGAUGAACGGAGUCCCGUUGACCAACGCGAUCACGUCGAAGGAUCCAGCCCAACGACGUUAGUCUCACAUAGACCACGCCAUCCCGACAACCUCAAGCAGCAUCCUUCGAAUCAAUUAUCCAAGGCGCCCACCAGCCACUUGUCGGGCAUCUCCGUCAAACCACUGCUAGAUCUUGUUUUUGAUCGAUUCGCAUGGUCCAAAGUCAAAUCCGAGGCCUCCAAGUCUCACAAAAGGGCAGUUCGAAGUCAAGAGCAUAAUCAUUACCAUCCAUCAGACUACUCGAGCUCUCCGGAGUUGUUGGCCACUCAACAAAGGCAGAAUCUCGAUGACAUGCAGAGGGCCGACAAAUACAUGGGGGAAAUUGACGACAGAAUCGCAUCAGCUAUGCAACCAAUCUUACGACACAUUUCAGAAACUUGGAUCAAGAGCUCCGAUGCAUCAAACGCUUCGGAGGAGAGAGUGGCAUCGGAGGCCAAGAUGAACACCAUUCAAACCACCAUGAAAAAGGAGAUGGAGGAAUCAUUCAAGAAAGAGGUCGCAGAGUCACAGCAAUUUAUAAAGGAGCUGGUCGGAUCGCAAGUGACCAAGCUCAAGGAGGCGUUGGCUCAAGAAAACGAACAAAAGCUACACUCGCUUCAGAAGACGCUGGCCCAAGAGGGUGAAGACAGAGCAACUUCUCUCAGGAAGACACUCAUACAAGAAAACGAGAAGCGAGUCGCAGAAAUGAAAGACUCCAUUAAUCGGGAACACAAAGCCAAAAUUGCAGCGCUCGAGAAUGCUUUGGCCAACGAAGCCAAGAAUAAGGACAGAAUCGCGGCGCUCGAGAAGAGUCUGUCCAACGAGGCCAAGAACAAGGACAGAAUCGCGGCGCUCGAAAGGAGUCUAUCUGAGGAAGUACGAAACAAAGAGAGAAUCACGGCGCUCGAGAAGAGUCUGUCAAACGAAGCCAAGAACAAGGAGAGAAUCGCGGCGCUAGAGAAGAGUCUGUCAAACGAAGCCAAGAACAAGGACAGGAUUGCGGCGCUCGAGAAGAGUCUGUCUGAAGAGGCACGAAACAAAGAGAGAAUCGCAGCGCUUGAAAAGAGCCUUUUUGAGGAGGUACGAAACAAAGAGAGAAUCACGAUGCUUGAAAAGAGUCUAUCUCAGGAGGUACGAAACAAAGAGAGAAUCGCGGCGCUUGAAAAGAGUCUGUCUGAGGCAAUUCGCACCAAAGAGAGAAUCUCAGAACUCGAAAAGAGUCUGUCUGAGGCAGUUCGCACCAAAGAAAGAAUCUCAGAACUCGAAAAGAGUCUGUCCAAAGAAGUACGAAACAGAGACAGAAUCGCAGAACUCGAAAAGAGUCUGUCCGAGCAAGUACGAAACAAAGAUAGAAUCGCAGAACUCGAAAAGAGUGUGUCUGAACAAGCGAAUGACAAAAAGAAGACUGCCGACCUCGAAAAGACCCUGUCUGAACAAAGAGAAAAGAACUCUGGACUUCAAAAAAGGGUGAAAAUAGCGGAAGCCAGACUUGACAGGGCGGAAGCAGAUCAGCAGCUGCUGGUCAAGUCAUUGGUAGACCCUAAGGAGCUUGCUUUUCUCAAGGAUAGGGUGCUAAGGCUGGAAGAGAAACACAUACUACUCUCGGAAUCGUCAGUAAACAGGGCACAGCUCGCUGAGCAGCUGCGGAAGCUUUCACUCUCCCAAGAUGAUGAGUUCGGCAAGCAUGAGGCCCGCAUGAAGGAUCAUUCUACAAUAAUCAAGCGGCUGGAGGGACAACUAUGCGAUCAUUUCAAACUCAUCACAGAAAACAAACAGCAGAAAGAUGCAGCUGCUUCGCGACUUGAUUCGCUAGAAUCUACUAUAUCCAACUUCUCGGCAGAAUGGGAAGAGAUAAAGAAGCGUGUGGAAAAGCUCGGUUCGACUAGGUCCGCAUCUGUCCCCGAUGACAAAAUAAUGGAAGUCAUCAAACCCGAACUGGAAAAAUGGAACGAAAAAAUAAAGGAGAAUAUUUUGAAAAUCCAGAACAAACUCCAACCAUUUAUUGUGGAAGAAAGAUAUAAGCGAGAGACUCUGGAGGAACAAUUCGGCAAUAUUACUCGUCAGGUGUCUGAGAUUGAAAAAGAGCAUGCCACAAUAAAGACAGACUACUCCGGUUUGAGGCGACAGCUGAACGACCAGAACCGACUGAAUAUCCUGGAAGGGAGCCGGAUCGAGGAGAAACUCAACAGUCGAAUAAGACUCCUGGAUGAAUUCAAGUCACAAAUGGAAGGUGUGUACAUGCAGGUGGAAAGUCUCAACAACUGGCAGACCAACUUCAAUACCGCAGGCCUCUACAAAGACAUCAUAUCUCACAUUAACAAAACGAUUCCGGAAGGUACGGCACCGCAAAUCAUAGCGCUUAAGCAAAAGCUUAACAGCAUAGAGACGCGCUUCGCCGCCUGGGAGAAUACAAGCAACAAGAGGCGGAAGCUUCCCGGCGGUAACGUGAAGGUGGUUAAUGGCCGCCAAAUAGACGCGCAAUGA